AUGAAGAGGGAUUCUGAUACGAGUUUCGCCGGCGGCGAGAGCGCCGAUGAGUGUAGCAUCGACUCGAUGUUCUCCGGCGUGAGCCUUCAGUCAUUACUGACCGAGAAAGCCCUAAUGCCGUUAUACGGCGACUACGUAGUCGGAGAACCCCCACUUGGUUUUCCGGCCAACUCCACGAGUACGACGAUGACGACGUCGUUUCCAUUCACCUUCUUCAGCGAGGAUUUUCCUGCUCUGAAGUACCGCAACCAACUCGCUCAAAACUCCGACGAGGGCCCCCGACUCGGACCCCUCAACUCGGGAGAAGACUCAGCGAAAUACAAGCCCAACCUCAAGCUCCCAAAAGCGGAACCAUUUCACCCCCAUGACGAGUCGAUUCAGACUCAGACUCAGACAUUCAAUUCCUUAACCAACCCAAGCUCUGAUCUCAAACUCUCAUCACAGUUCUUCUACUUACCUCACUUACACUCGCUCGAACAUUCCCAAGGCCAAGCAUAUGUCUCUGCGUCACCCUUCAAACGCGCCCGAGCUGACUCAGUGCCGAGCGACUCCCAAACCCUAGACUCAAUCGUGCAGAGUUGCUACUACCUGAACCGUCCUGUGGUUAUCCCUCAGAGCAAGCUGGCUCGGCGGCGGCGCCAGAAGCUGAGCGAGAAGAUGCAGAGCCUACAGAAGCUAAUGCCUUGGGACACCAAGAUGGACAUGUCCACCAUGCUAGAGGAGGCCCACAAGUACGUCAAGUUCCUCCAGGCCCAGCUCAAGGCCCUCCAGUCCAUGCCUCCCCACUCCACCUGGGCCUUUCCUUCGGCCCAGAACUCAUGCGGCGGCGUUUUCGGCUACCUGGGAAAGCUGACCCGGAACCAGAUCCUCCGGGUGCUGGUCAACUCGCCCGUGACCCAGACGGUUCUCUACUCCCAUGGCUGCUGCGUUUUCUCCGUCGAGCAGCUCAGGGACGUCGCUACUCUGCAGAAGCCGGGAUUCUUCAACAAUCCCUGA